UGGGACUUUCUCGCCCACACAUACCAGCCUAGCCUUCGACGAGAGAGCGCUAGAGUGAGAAAAGAAGAGACUGUCAAUCUCAGUCUCAGAUCUAUCUGCAACCAUGUCGCUGCUCGUCGAGAAGACCUCCUCCGGUCGUGAAUACAAGGUCAAGGAUAUGUCGCAGGCCGACUUCGGCCGGCUCGAGAUCGAGCUGGCCGAGGUCGAGAUGCCUGGGCUGAUGGCUUGCAGAACCGAGUUCGGCCCCUCUCAGCCCUUCAAGGGUGCCAAGAUCACCGGCUCGCUCCACAUGACGAUCCAGACCGCGGUUCUGAUCGAAACCCUCACCGCCCUCGGUGCCGAGGUCCGCUGGUGCUCCUGCAACAUCUUCUCCACCCAGGACCACGCCGCUGCUGCCAUUGCUCGCGACAGCGCUUCCGUAUUCGCGUGGAAGGGGGAGACCCUUCAGGAGUACUGGUGGUGUACCGAGAGGGCACUCGACUGGGGUCCUGGUGGCGGUCCCGAUCUCAUCGUCGACGACGGUGGUGACGCUACAUUGCUCAUCCAUGAGGGUGUGAAGGCGGAGGAAGAGUACGCCAAGACCGGAAAGUUGCCGGAUCCGUCGUCAACGGACAACGCCGAGUUCCAGAUCGUGCUCACGAUUAUCAGAGAUGGGUUGAAGGCGGAUCCGAUGAAGUAUCACAAGAUGAAAGACAGAUUGGUCGGUGUUUCUGAAGAGACAACCACCGGUGUCAAGAGGCUUUACCAGAUGCAAGCCGCUGGGACUUUGCUCUUUCCUGCUAUCAACGUUAACGACUCUGUCACCAAGAGCAAGUUCGAUAACCUCUACGGUUGCCGCCACUCUCUCCCCGAUGGAUUGAUGAGAGCCACUGACGUGAUGAUUGCCGGCAAGGUAGCAGUUGUCUGCGGGUACGGAGAUGUUGGCAAGGGUUGUGCUGCCGCCCUUAAGCAAGCCGGUGCCCGUGUAAUUGUUACGGAGAUAGACCCCAUUUGCGCCCUUCAGGCUCUCAUGGAAGGCAUCCCAGUGCUGACCCUCGAGGACGUCUUAGCCGAGGCCGACAUCUUCGUCACCACCACCGGUAACAAGGACAUCAUCAUGGUCGACCACAUGAGGAAGAUGAAGAACAACGCCAUUGUCUGCAACAUCGGCCACUUCGACAAUGAGAUCGACAUGCACGGCCUAGAGAUCCUCCCAGGUGUGAAGAGGAUCACAAUCAAGCCCCAGACGGAUAGGUGGGUCUUCCCCGACACCAACAGUGGCGUAAUUGUAUUGGCCGAGGGUCGGCUCAUGAACCUGGGAUGCGCCACAGGGCAUCCCAGCUUCGUGAUGUCUUGCUCGUUCACAAACCAGGUGAUCGCCCAGCUUGAGCUGUGGAAGGAGAAGGGAACCGGCAAGUACGAAAAGAAGGUCUACGUGCUGCCCAAGCAUCUCGACGAGAAGGUCGCUGCUCUUCACCUUGGCAAGCUCGGGGCCAAGCUUACCAAGCUUACUUCCGAACAGGCUGCAUACAUUAGUGUCCCCGUUGAAGGUCCAUACAAGCCUGCGCACUACAGGUACUGAAAGAAGGAGAGAACAAAGAAGUGUUGAGGCCAUGGUUGUUGUUUGUUUUUGGUUGUCUUCAAUUUGGGUUGUAGUUUUAAUGAUUUUUUAACAGUAGUUGGGGAGUAGGUAAGGAGAGGAGAGAAUUGGUCUCUGCUGUUUGAUCAUGACAAAAAAGACCGUGGGUUUUGAAUAAGGUUUGAGGAGGGUGGGGAUUGCUUUACAUUACAUGUUAUAAACAAGGUAUGUAGUUUCAAACUGCGUCUCAUUGUCCUCUUAUUUACAAAGAAGAUCUGCCAACACUUGUUUCGGAUUACUUGAAUGGAAAAAGGAAAUAAAGAAGCACAUUCAAUUCUUCA